UCUCUCCGAAAAGUCAAAAACAAGCUUGUCUAUGGUAUACAAAUACGGCAAGGUAACAGACUAGCUCAUCAGUUUGUCCUAGUUUACUUUAUCAUAUAAGCAAAGUCAAAGCAAGACAUUCAGAAUAUAAGAAGUUGGUAGAUUAUUUGCAGUUCAUUAGAUGUGCAAUGUAUUUCCUGCUGCUUAUAUUGGUGUCCACUGUGUGGUCAGUGUCAGGACAGACAUCGGCCCCAUUGACCGUUGUGCGAACCUGGACUGGCGGAUGUAUGGGGACUUUCACAAUCCAUGCAGACAACGCCGUUCAUGGCUGGACAUGCACUCUCAAUUUUGCACCACCAAUUGAUAAAUUAGAUAUAUGGAAAGCUACCGUAUCAUCGAGCAGUGGUUCGCAGUUUACGGUAACGAACAUGCCCUUUGAUAAAGACCUCACAUCUGGGCAAGAUCUUCUUGUUGAGUUCAAUGGUCAUAUCUCCGGAGACAAAGGUUGUAGUGGAACAUACACAUGUACUGGAGUAUCCACCGUAGCUGGCGGCACGUCAUCGUCGGGAAGUGGAACACCAUCCCCAGGUGGUGGAUCUAGUUCCUCUGGGAGUGGAACCGGCACGUCCGGUGGAACAUCCACUGGAUCUAGUUCCGGAGGAAGUGCUACCGCAGCUCCAUCUUCCGGCGGUGUAGCCGUUUCCCACCAGUGUUCUGGAUGUGGCUCUGCUAUGAAGUAUAACUACAAAGAAGCUCUGAAGUUGUCCAUCCUUUUCUUUGAUGCGCAGCGAUCGGGAUACCUCCCCGCAAAUAAUCCCAUCCCUUGGCGUGGAGAUUCGAACGUUCACGACGCCGACGACGGUCAUGAUCUGAGCGGAGGAUGGUAUGACGCUGGAGAUCAUGUAAAAUUUAACCUACCCAUGGCAUGGUCGGCGACAGUUUUACUCUGGGGUAUGCUGGAGUUCAGGGAGGGUUACAACUCCGCGGGACAGACAGAUAUGGCUUGUGACAUGAUCAGAACACCUCUGGAUUACUUCCUUAAAUGUUGGAUACCCGAUCAGCAACGGAACUACGUUCAAGUUGGUGAUGGGCACCAGGACCAUGCCUACUGGGGGCGGCCAGAAACUAUGAGCCAGUGGCGUGUAGGAUGGAGGACAGACUCGGGUUGCCACGGAAGUGACAUUGCAGGUGAAAUGGUUGCCGCAAUGGCUUCUGGAUCCAUGGUGUUUAACGAUAUGUGCCAUGAUACAAAUUAUGCGGGCAAACUUUUGGAGGCAGCCAAAGGUCUUUAUAAAUUUGCAAAGGCCAACCGUGGGAAAUAUUCAGACUGCGUCACUGUUGCCAAGGACUUCUACGGGUCUAACAGUGAAGUUGACGACAUGGCUGUAGCUGCUAGCUGGAUGUAUAGGGCCACGAGCGAUACCAGUUAUCUCAGUGAUGCUAAGGGAUUCUAUCAUGGCGGUACACCGUGGACAUUCAACUGGGACGAUUCCAACGUAGAGGCCGCAUUAUUGUUGUACCAAAUUACCGGAGAUGAUGCAUACAAGGGUGAUGUGGAGGCCCUGGUUCGCUCGUUCAUGCCGGGAGGAGAUGUUGCGCAGACACCGUGUGGCCUUGCCUGGAGAGAUAAGUGGGGACCUAACAGACAUGCUGGCAAUAUGGCGUUUAUAGCAACAAUGGCGGCUAAAUUUGGAAUCAAGCCUGACGAGUAUAAGAAAUGGGCAAUGUCCCAGGUCAACUAUCUACUCGGAGACAACAAACUACACAUCAGCUAUGAAAUUGGCUUCGGAUCGUACUACCCUAAACGUCCACAUCACAGAGGAAGUUCGUGCGCAACAAAUGGUUGGUGUGCUAAAGGUGGUGCGGACAACCCGAAUGUUCUUCUGGGUGGUUUGGUGGGUGGACCAGAUCAAGGAGACAACUAUAAUGAUGACAGAAAUGACUUUGUGAGCAAUGAAGUCGCCUGUGAUUACAAUGCUGGUUUCCAGUCAGCUCUAGCAGGACUGUCCUAUUAUGCAUCUGUUAGCGAGUUACCACCGUCACCUGCUGCUAAAUGUUAGCUGUGUUUCUCCCGUCAUAUCAUAUCGUCGUCAAGUCGUGUUUUCGUACAAUAAAUAUUAUCAACAGUUCUAAAA